AUGCCAGUUGAUCCAGAAAAGUUAGCCAAGUUACAAAAGGCCUCUUCCAAGAAGGUUGGUGGUUCAAGAGUCAAGGCUAAGAAGAACGUUAAGUCUGAACAAGAUGACACAAAGUUACUCUCCACUUUACAAAAGUUAAACGCUCAAAAGAUUGAAGCUAUCGAAGAAGCCAACUUUUUCAGAGAAGACGGUAAGGUCUUACAUUUCAACAGAGUUGGUGUUCAAGGUGCCGCACAAUCCAACACCUUUGCCUUCACUGGUUACCCACAAGAAAAGGAUGUCACUCAAUUAAUCCCACAAAUCUUACCUCAAUUGGGAGCUGAAAACUUAGAAAUCUUGAGACAAUUAGCUGAACAAUUGCAAGCCGGUAAGGCUCCUUUGGAUGCUUCAAUUGGUGCCGACGGUGCCACUGGCGGUGAAGACAUUCCAGACUUAAUUGAAGGUGAAAAGUUUGACGAAGAAGUUGAGUAA